AUGGUCGACGUCAAACAGACAAGAUCGCUCCAAGAUGGCCAGGUCGAAAACGUCCACGACAAGCCCUUUACCGUCCUGUCGGCAAUGGGCAUCGGCCACGGAACAACGAAUACGGCCGUUGGGUUGAUCUUGACUGUGGCGACUACCCUGAGCAUGGGCGGCUCGCCCCUGUUCUUCUGGGGCUUUCUGCUCAUGGCGGUUGUCGGACUAGCCACGGCAACCAGCCUCGCUGAGCUUGUUUCCGCAAUGCCUCAUCCCGGUGGCCAAUAUGUCUGGGUGGAAAAGCUCUCCCCUCCAGGCCCUCGAAGAUUCCUUUCUUACCUGACUGCCAUCAUGAGCUGGUUUGGAGCCGUGUCCACUGGCGCCUCAGCGUGUCUUGCGGUGCCGACAGGACUGGUUGCAAUUGUCACCUUUGUCAACCCAGAUGUCGAAUACAAGCCGUGGAUGGGAUUUCUUGGAUACCAACUUCUCAAUUUCUUGACGUUGCUGGCAGCAUGCUUCGAGUCUGCCUUGCCCAAGAUCUCCAAAGGUCUCCUUGUCUUCACCAUCUCUUACAUUUUCGCCACUUUUAUUUGUCUCUUCGCCAUGGCACCUGAGCGAGCUUCAGCAUCCGACUUCUUUAUCACCACCACAAAUGUCUCAGGGUGGCCGAAUGGCGUUGCUUGGCUGAUUGGCUUGAAUGGCGCAAACUGGUCCUUCUCCUGCCUCGACGUCAUUGUCCACAUCACAGACGAGAUACCGCAGCCGCGUACCAACGUUCCAAAGGCGUUGAUGUGGACGAUUAUUGUGGGCUUUGGCUCGGGAAUGCUCAUUGUGCUCGGCGUCCUGGUCAACCUCCCCGACAUCGAUCCCACCGUGGAUAGCACGCCCCUCGCCAUUUACUAUCGGAUCUGCAAUGACAACCAGGCGGCCGCCAUCGGAUUAUGGCUUUUCCCUCUCAUCUCAACCAUCGGCGCUGUUUGGGGAAUCCACACAUGGCAGUCCCGCUUGGCCUGGAGUCUUAGCCGCCAAGGCGGUUUCCCGUUCGCCUCCUACUUGGGCAGAAUUGCUCCUUCGCCAUUCCAUACGCCGGUUUGGUCUCUUGUCUGGUCUUCCCUGGCGACGAGCAUUUUUGGAUGUCUUUAUCUCGGAUCUCAAACAGCCUUCCUGUCACUGGUAUCUGCAGGUAUCCUGCUCCAGUAUCUCAGUUACAGCAUUCCUGUGAUAAUGAUGCUCCGGCGCGGGCGGUCUACAUUCGAGCAUGGGCCGUUUUGGUACCCUCGGCUUGGAUACCUUGCUAAUAUUGUUAUGUUGUGCUGGAUGGUCACCGCCCUGGUGUUCUAUUGUCUUCCCUACUAUCUCCCCGUCGAAGCUGCUGAAAUGAAUUACGUCUCUGGGGUCUUGGGUGCAGUAUUCCUCUUCACUGCGUCCAUGUGGUUUUUGCAUGCCCGAAAGAACUAUCGUCUUUUGGAAUAG